AUGAUGCUGAACGCGGACCCUGCGGAGGCGGGCCUUCCCGGGCGCCACUUGGAGGGGUCAGGCCCCGUGGGGGGCCGUGGGCUCGGGGGUUCCGUGGAGGAGGCCCCGCCCCCCCUGUGCCUCCACCCGGAGGCCGCGGAGGCCAAGAAGGAGCUCCCUCCCUUGAGCCGGGAGGAGCGCCGCCGCCGCCGCCGUGCCACGGCCAAGUACCGCACGGCCCACGCCACCCGGGAGCGCAUCCGGGUCGAGGCCUUCAACAUGGCCUUUGCCGAGCUGCGGAAGCUGCUGCCCACGCUGCCCCCCGACAAGAAGCUCUCCAAGAUCGAGAUCCUGCGCCUGGCCAUCUGCUACAUCUCCUACCUCAACCACGUCCUGGACGUCUGACCCCUCGGCUCCCACGGGGUGGACUGGGUGGCCUUUGGGUGCCCCAACUCUUACGAUUCUACAAACGGAGCUUGACCCCCCCAUGGGUCAGACUGGAUGACCUUUGGGUACCCCCGAACAAAUCUUAUGGCUUUACCAACUGCCAUUUGACUCCCAUUGGCCAGACUGGAUGACCUUGGGUGCCCCUAACAAAUUUUACGACUUUACCAACUGCCAUUUGAUUUCCAUUGUUCAGACUAGAUGACCUUUGGGUGCCCCGAACAAAUCUUACGGCUUUACCAACUGCCAUUUGGUUCUCAUUGUUCAGACUAGAUGAUCUUUGGGUGCCCCUAACAAAUCUUACGGCUUUACCAACUGCCAUUUGAUUCUCAUUGUUCAGACUAGAUUACCUUUGUGUGCCCCUAACAAAUCUCAUGGCUUUACCAACUGCCAUUUGGUUCUCAUUGUUCAGACUAGAUGACCUUUGCGUGCCCCGAACAAAUCUUACGGCUUUACCAACUGCCUUUUGACUCCCAUUAGCCAGACUAGAUGACCUUUGGGUGCCCCGAACAAAUCUUACGGCUUUACCAACUGCCAUUUGACUCCCAUUGGCCAGACUGGAUGACCUUUGGGUGUCGCGAACAAAUUUUACGGCUUUACCAACUGCCAUUUGAUUCUCAUUGUUCAGACUAGAUGAUCUUUGGGUGUCCCUGACAAAUCUUAUGGCUUUACCAACUGCCAUUUGACUCCCAUUGGCCAGACUGGAUGACCUUUGGGUGCCGCGAACAAAUUUUACGGCUUUACCAACUGCCAUUUGGUUCUCAUUGUUCAGACUAGAUGACCUUUGCCUACCCCAAACAAAUCUUAUGGCUUUACCAACUGCCAUUUGACUCCCAUUUGGUCAGACUAGAUGACCUUUGGGUGCCCCUAAGAAAUCUUAUGGCUUUACCAACUGCCAUUUGACUCCCAUUUGGUCAGACUAGAUGACCUUUGGGUGCCCCUAAGAAAUCUUAUGGCUUUACCAACUGCCAUUUGACUCCCAUUGCUCAGACUAGAUGACCUUUGGGUGCCGCUAACAACAAUGGAUGGAUCUGGACCACACUUGCCACGAAUGAUGGGACUUGCAGUACCUUCACUGAUACUGGGACACCCACCAACAAUGGACUGGGACCAAACUUGGCACAGAGAAGCCCCAGGACCAACUGGGGUUAAUGGGAAUGGACCUUGAUUUUGGGAGUUAUAGUUCACCUGCAUCCAGAAAGCACCGAACCCAGUUGACGUCAGAUCCGGACCAAACUUGGCACAAACAUGGCCAACUGUGCAUACAGGGCUGGUUUGGGGGUGAUGGACCUUGGAUCUGGGAGUUGUAGUUCACCCUUAUACAGACAGCAUGGAACCCAGCUGACGAUGGAUUUGGACCAAACUUCAGUCGUAUUACCUAACAUCCCCCAAAAAAUGCCUUCUCCUUAUAACCCGGGCAUGGCCGGGUCCACAAGCUUUUAUAUAUAUAUAUAUAUAUAUAUAUAUAUAUAUAUAUAUAUAUAUAUAUAUAUGUGCUAGCUGUGCCCGGCCAUGCGUUGCUGUGGCAAAGUGGUGGUGGUAUUGGUUAAAAAUUGUUGUGUAAUUUUUAUUUGACGUUAUUUGCAAUUUUUUUAUUAAUUUUAUUGUAAGUUAUAUUUUUAUUUAUUAUAUUUUAUUAUCUUCUUGUAUUAUUUUUAGUUAUUUUCUGUUAUUAUAGUGUUUUAUUGUAUUAAUUUUUAGUGUUUUUAUUAUUAUUUUUUAUUGGGUUGCUAGGAGACCAAGUGGGCGGAGCUUAGCCUUUAAACUGGCAGCAAUUGGAUAAAAGCAAUUAUUCCUCUCCCUCUAAUUAGGACUUUAUUUUUCUUUUCUUUUUGUUGUAUCAACCUAGAGGCGUGGAUGAUGGGUUGUGUUGUCAAAUUUCGAGGUUGGGGGGCCUGUAGUUUUGUUGUUUUGUGGGUCGCCGUGAUGCCAUCACUCUUUUAUAUAUAUAUAUAUGGUUGAUUUCUGCUCAAGAGAUUGGACUAGAUGACCUUUGGGGUUCCCCUUUGGACUCCUUUAUAAGACAUUUCUCUCUGGAUGUGUGUAAAUAUAUAUACAGAUAUAUUCCUGUCUGCAUUGCACAGUUGUACUGGGUUCGUACCUCUUUAACUCCAAUGGGUUUCCAUGCAGAGCAUUACGAUCCCAUUUUAUAGUAUGGAAAUCAUGGGAUAUAUUAUUUAGUACGAAACUUUCAAAUCAAAAUCUUUAUUGCGGUCCUAGACCAGCGCAAGUACAUAAGUAGUUCGGAGAUUUUGGGAUUUAUAGUUCGGAGGAGGCUGAGGCUUCGAUGCAUUGACCGCCAAUUAUUGUUGCUAAUAUUAAUUUAUUAUUAUUAUUAUUAUUAUUAUUAUUAUUAUUAUUAUUAAUAUUAUUAUUUAUUACACGUUUGGGCCGGGGAUAAUGGGAGUUGUAGUCCUCCCGUAUUCUUUCCUCGUAAAUCCACGAAAACGACAUAAAUGGAUAAAUCGAUCCUGAGAUAAUUUAUUACGUAUGCCGUGGACCAUUAUUUAUUUAUAUCUAUUGAUUCUAUUUAUUUAUUUAUUGUUUGGAAAUAAUAUGUGAUCGAUGGAUUUUCUUGCAAUCCUUCUUUUGCACUUUUUUUCUCCCUCCGAGAGUUGAUUUGCGUUAUUGCUGCUCUUGUUUAUAUAUAUAUAUAUGCGUAAUAUAUAUAUAUAUCUAUAUAAAAUGAUAAGGGAUCA